AUUGAAGAACGAAAAGACAGUGAUGAUGAGAAGUCUGACAGAAACAAGCCCUGGUGGAGGAAACGCUUUGUGUCUGCCAUGCCCAAAGCACCUAUUCCAUUUAGAAAGAAAGAAAAACAAGAAAAGGACAAAGAUGACAUGGUGCCUGACAGAUACCCCAUACUUCAAGAUGAUCCCAACCCAAGGCUCAGUGCGCAGGCACAAGCUGCAGAGGACAUUCUAGACAAGUACAGGAAUGCAAUUAAGAGAACCAGUCCCAGUGAAGGAGCUAUAGUAAACUAUGAUGGUGCAGAGGCUAUUGGGGAUGGUGAGAGCAUGCAUGACUCUCCACGUGAUGAGGCUUUGCAAAACAUGUCUGCGGAUGAUCUCCCAGACUCUGCAAGUCAAGUAGCGCAGCCACAGAGUUCUGCUUUCUCCUAUAGGGAUGCAAAGAAGAAAUUGAGAUUGGCUCUUUGUUCAGCAGAUUCUGUUGCCUUCCCGAUGUUGACACAUUCAACAAGGAAUGGUCUACCAGAUCACACAGACCCUGAAGAUAAUGAAAUUGUGUGCUUCUUGAAAGUUCAGCUAGCUGAAGCUAUUAACCUGCAGGACAAGAACUUGAUGGCCCAGCUGCAGGAGACAAUGCGAUGUGUGAGCCGCUUUGAUAACAGGACCUGUCGAAAGCUGCUGGCAUCUAUUGCGGAGGACUACAGGAAAAGGGCUCCAUAUAUCGCUUAUUUAACUCGAUGUCGCCAAGGCCUGCAAUCGACACAAGCGCACUUGGAAAGGCUGUUGCAAAGAGUUCUGCGAGAUAAAGAGGUGGCCAACAGAUACUUCACCACAGUGUGUGUGAGGUUACUGCUGGAGAGCAAAGAGAAGAAAAUAAGGGAGUUUAUUCAAGAUUUCCAGAAACUCACAGCAGCAGAUGAUAAAACAGCCCAAGUGGAGGAUUUUCUUCAGUUUUUAUACGGGGCUAUGGCUCAGGAUGCCAUAUGGCAGAAUGCCAGCGAAGAACAGCUUCAGGAUGCACAGUUGGCUAUAGAACGCAGUGUGAUGAAUCGUAUUUUCAAACUUGCGUUCUACCCUAAUCAGGACGGAGAUAUUUUGCGUGACCAGGUCCUUCAUGAGCACAUACAGAGGUUGUCGAAAGUAGUGACUGCAAACCAUAAAGCCCUUCAGAUACCUGAGGUGUAUCUCCGGGAGGCACCAUGGCCAUCUGCACAGUCUGAAAUCCGCACGAUAAGCGCUUAUAAAACCCCCCGAGACAAAGUGCAGUGUAUCCUGCGAAUGUGUUCAACCAUCAUGAACCUGCUUAGUCUGGCAAAUGAAGAUUCAGUGCCUGGGGCAGAUGAUUUUGUUCCUGUUCUGGUAUUUGUCCUCAUAAAGGCAAAUCCACCUUGCUUGCUGUCCACUGUUCAGUACAUCAGUAGUUUCUAUGCCAGCUGUUUAUCUGGAGAAGAGUCGUACUGGUGGAUGCAGUUCACAGCAGCGGUUGAAUUCAUUAAAACAAUUGAUGAUCGCAAGUAGCUCAGUUGGCACGUGUAUGGGCAGACUGUGUGUCAGCAGAAGAAGAGUAUAUAAGAAUGUACAACAGCUGCAAAAGCUGAAGAGACUUUCCUUGUAUAAUACUGUACAGAAUUGAGGCAUUUUAAAACACACCUUUACUAAUCAAAUUAAUUUAACAGAUUUUCCUCUUCUCUUUUGGUUGUGUUUUUCUCCCCUAUAGAUACUGGCACUGCAAAAGGGACCACAGUUUUCAGGUAUUUUGGAAUCUCAAAACACACAGAAAAUUCUCCAUUGCUUUUUUCCACCACCUUUCUUGAAUUCUUACCCACGUGAAUGAUUCACUUCAUUUAAUUUCUAAUAGAAAACUGAAACAAGAAGAAUCAGGGCAACCACUUAGUAUACUUUCUAGCUUAAUACACCUUUUAUUGAUAAAACACCAGCCACACUGAAAGUUUGUAGUAGUUGACAUUAGUUAUCAGUUGUAUCUCACCUAAAUUUAAAAUCUGAGAGGACAGUGUAAAUAUUAUAUAACUAUAUUUAAUGCAUUGCAAUUAUCUUUGGACUCAUUAUCCUUUGAAUACACGAGCAAAAGCCUCUCUGACCUCUAACAGGUUGUGACACACUGUGUUUCGGUAGUGAAAGGACUUCCUUGAAAGGCUAAGAUUAAAAAAGGGCAAACUGAACUAUUUAUUAAAAUGUAAUUAAGAUUACUGAAAUUUCUAAAACUGGAAUUUAUAGUAGACAGGGCUUAUUAGUUAAACACUUUUUGGCUAGGGCAUUAGGGCGUUACAAGGGUUUGGAUAUAUAGAGGAGAGGGACUGUAAGUUACAAUAGAUAAGUCUAAUAUAAGAAAAGGAGAAAUAAAGUACCUUACUGUAAUAUUUUUUUCUGAAAUAUUGUGUAUACUGUACAAACCCCAAACAGAGAUCCUAACAGAAUCUUGGACUGUAAUAUAUAUUUUGAUUAGUGACAUUAAAUACAUAUGCCAGGGGUUUCAGUGAAUGUUUUUACUAAAUGUUCUUCGUGUUGUCUGCUAUGCAGCAGUGCAAGUUUUACUGUUCAUAUAAAAUAUUUUAAAAUAUAACACUGUUCUUUAUGAAACAUAUCAUGACAUCAGUUCAGGGUGUUUUAUAGAUUUCUCACCCCACCUUUCCCUUCAACUGACAAUUACUGAUCUAAGGAAGUUUUUAUGCACGCCACCACCUGGGUUUUCGUGAGUGGAACGGUCUGGGUGCUGGCCAGUCCUCAUUAUCUGUAAGUGUAUAAUCGCUCGCGGGUCUUUUUGAGCUGGAACCACAGUGGAAAAGGGCAGCGAGCAGUGAACUUUUCCGUGUCAGUAUUAUUUCUUGCUCUUCCCAGUGUUCAUUGCACUUCUGACAAAGGGAUGUGUUAGGACUUGGUG